UGUGUUUGUACAUAACACUGUUCAAGUCCGCACAAGUCCACCGCCAGAUCUUUCGCGCGAAUCUUCCGCCUUCAACAUUUCGCUUUGGCGUUCUUGACAACUUGACGCUUGAAAAAUGAUGCCAAUGAUGGGGAUGCAGCCCCAGAUCAUUCUCUUGAAAGAGGGAACGGACACAUCUCAGGGCAAGGCGCAGCUUAUUAGCAACAUCAACGCCUGUAUGGCCGUGGUGGACACCGUGCGGACCACCCUGGGCCCUCGCGGCAUGGAUAAGCUCAUUCACGACGCCAGGGGCGUGACCAUCUCGAACGACGGCGCGACCAUCAUGAAGCUCCUUGACAUCGUGCACCCCGCGGCAAAGAGCCUGGUGGACGUGUCUCUGGCUCAGGAUGCCGAGGUUGGCGACGGCACCACCAGUGUGGUGGUGCUGGCUGGCGAGUUCCUGAAGGAGGCCAAGCCGUUCAUUGAGGAGGGCGUGCACCCACGGAGCCUGAUGAAGAGCUUCCGCCAGGCCUCUGUGCUGGCGGUGGAGCGGCUGAAGGCGCUGGCCAUCAGCCUGGAGGACAAGCACAUGGAGGAGAAGAAGGACCUGCUGAAGAAGUGCGCCAUGACCACUCUCAACAGCAAGCUGGUGAGCGGCGAGAAGGAGUUCUUCGCGCAGAUGGUGGUGGACGCCGUGUCCACCCUGGACCCCAGCACGCUGGACCUCAAGAUGGUGGGCAUCAAGAAGGUGCAGGGCGGCGGCCUGCGCGACAGCUUCCUGGUGGACGGCGUGGCGUUCAAGAAGACCUUCUCCUACGCGGGCUUUGAGCAGCAGCCCAAGUCGUUCCACAACCCCAAGAUCCUGGUGCUCAACAUCGAGCUGGAGCUCAAGGCUGAGAAGGAGAACGCCGAGAUCCGCCUGGACGACCCCGCCAAGUACCAGUCCAUCGUGGACGCGGAGUGGAACAUCAUUUACGACAAGCUGGCCAAGUGCGUGGCGUCCGGCGCCAACAUCGUGCUGUCGCGCCUCGCCAUCGGCGACCUGGCCACGCAGUACUUCGCCGACCGCAACAUCUUCUGCGCCGGACGCGUGGAGACGGGCGACAUGGAGCGCGUGACCAAGGCCACGGGCGCCAAGGUGCAGACCACCGUCAACAACCUGGACACCAAGGUGCUGGGCACCUGCGAGCGCUUCGAGGAGCGCCAGGUGGGCGCUGAGCGCUAUAACCUUUUCACGGGCUGCCCCGCGGCGCGCACCGCCACGCUGGUGCUGCGCGGUGGCAGUGAGCAGUUCAUCGACGAGGCGGACCGCUCGCUGCAUGAUGCCAUCAUGAUUGUGCGCCGCGCGCUCAAGCACGCGCAGAUUGUGCCGGGCGGCGGCGCCAUCGAGAUGGAGCUGAGCAAGUACCUGUCCGAGCACAGCCUGCAGUACACCAGCAAGGCCCAGCUGUUCAUCAGGGCGUUUGCCAAGGCGCUGGAGGUCAUCCCGCGCCAGCUCUGCAACAACGCCGGCUUUGACGCCACAGACGUGCUCAACCAGCUGCGCCACAAGCACGCGCUGGCGGAUGGGUCCGGGCGGUGCUACGGCAUGGACGUCAACACGGGCGGCGUGUGCGACACCUACGACGCGUUCGUGUGGGAGCCCGCCCUGGUCAAGAUCAACGCCAUCCAGGCUGCCACGGAGGCGGCGUGCCUUAUUCUGUCGGUGGACGAGACCGUACGCAACCCCAAGUCCGAGGUGCCGGACGCGGCCAGCGGCGCGGCGGCGCAGGCAGCCAUGGGCGGGCGCGGGCGGGGGCGGGGCGGCGGCGGCAUGCGCGGCCGCGGCAUGCGGCGGUGAGCGGCCAGCGUAGGUUGUGGAGGUUGAGGAUGCGGAAGGCUGGGAGUGGAAGCUUCUGAUGUGUGAGGAUGGAGGUGGAGGCCACACCGUGGGGCCCAGGUUCGUGGUGUGUCUGCGUUGCAGCCUGGCCGACGAUUGAGGCCAAUGGAUGGGAACAGAGGUUUUGAAGGCAUUCAGUUCCAAGCCAGGAGGUCUUGAGAUAUUGACAAGUGGUGAAGGUAUGCUGGCGGCGUGCAAGACUUGUGGGCCUUUGCUGGACGACAGGGGCUUAGAUUGCGGAGCGCGGGUCGGUGGGGGCUGCUGGCCAGCGCACCGCCGGGGUGGCGCGGCGACUGGAGAGCGUGCAAUUCAGUACGUGCAUUCUGAUGAUGCAAGUAUGGGCCAUCGCCCGAUGUAAAUACGAUUCUGC